GAAGACUUCCCCUCCCGCAGUGACAGAGCCUCUGGUCCGUGAUCGGUACUGUUUUCUGCACCUCGCGACCCGGCAGGUAAAUUAACAUGAUGGAUUUCUCCAAGCUACCCAAAAUACUUGAUGAAGAUAAAGAAAGCACGUUUGGUUAUGUGCAUGGGGUCUCAGGACCUGUGGUUACAGCCUGUGACAUGGCAGGUGCAGCCAUGUAUGAGCUGGUGAGAGUGGGCCACAGUGAGCUGGUUGGAGAGAUUAUCCGAUUGGAGGGUGACAUGGCUACUAUCCAGGUGUAUGAAGAAACUUCUGGUGUAUCUGUUGGAGAUCCUGUACUCCGCACUGGUAAACCCCUCUCAGUAGAGCUCGGGCCUGGCAUCAUGGGCGCCAUUUUUGAUGGUAUUCAGAGACCUUUGUCAGAUAUCAGCAGUCAGACUCAAAGUAUCUACAUUCCCAGAGGAGUAAAUGUGUCCGCUCUUAGCAGAGAUGUCAAAUGGGAUUUUACACCUUGCAAAAACCUACGGGUUGGUAGUCACAUCACUGGUGGAGAUAUUUAUGGAAUUGUCAGUGAGAACUCACUCAUCAAACACAAAAUCAUGUUACCCCCACGAAACAGAGGAACUGUAACUUACAUUGCUCCACCUGGAAAUUAUGAUACCUCAGAUGUUGUCUUGGAGCUUGAAUUUGAAGGUAUAAAGGAAAAGUUUAGCAUGGUCCAAGUAUGGCCCGUACGUCAAGUUCGGCCUGUCACUGAGAAGCUGCCGGCUAAUCAUCCCUUGUUGACUGGCCAGAGGGUCCUUGAUGCCCUUUUUCCAUGUGUACAGGGAGGAACUACGGCAAUCCCGGGGGCUUUUGGCUGUGGAAAGACAGUGAUAUCACAGUCUCUAUCCAAGUAUUCCAACAGUGAUGUGAUCAUCUAUGUAGGAUGUGGUGAACGAGGAAAUGAGAUGUCUGAAGUCCUCCGGGACUUCCCAGAGCUCACAAUGGAAGUUGAUGGUAAGGUGGAAUCAAUUAUGAAGAGGACAGCUUUGGUAGCCAAUACCUCCAAUAUGCCUGUUGCUGCUAGAGAAGCGUCUAUUUAUACUGGAAUUACACUGUCAGAAUAUUUCCGUGACAUGGGUUAUCAUGUCAGUAUGAUGGCUGACUCUACCUCUAGAUGGGCAGAGGCUCUUAGAGAAAUCUCUGGCCGCUUAGCUGAAAUGCCUGCAGAUAGUGGAUAUCCUGCAUAUCUUGGUGCCCGUCUGGCCUCUUUCUAUGAGCGAGCGGGCCGGGUGAAAUGUCUUGGAAAUCCUGAAAGAGAAGGAAGUGUCAGCAUUGUAGGAGCGGUUUCUCCACCUGGUGGUGAUUUUUCUGAUCCAGUUACAUCUGCUACUCUUGGUAUUGUUCAGGUGUUCUGGGGCUUAGAUAAGAAGCUAGCUCAACGUAAGCAUUUCCCCUCUGUCAACUGGCUAAUCAGCUAUAGCAAGUACAUGCGUGCCUUGGACGAGUACUAUGACAAACACUUCACAGAAUUUGUUCCUCUGAGGACCAAAGCUAAAGAGAUUCUGCAGGAAGAAGAAGACCUGGCAGAAAUUGUACAACUUGUGGGAAAGGCUUCUCUAGCUGAAACAGAUAAAAUCACUCUGGAGGUAGCAAAACUUAUCAAAGACGAUUUCUUACAACAAAAUGGAUAUACUCCUUAUGACAGGUUCUGCCCAUUCUACAAGACAGUUGGGAUGCUGUCCAACAUGAUUGCCUUUUAUGAUAUGGCCCGGAGAGCUGUUGAAACCACUGCACAGAGUGACAGUAAAAUCACGUGGUCCAUUAUCCGUGAGCACAUGGGGGAGAUUCUCUAUAAGCUUUCCUCUAUGAAAUUCAAGGAUCCAGUGAAAGAUGGUGAGGCAAAGAUCAAGGCCGACUAUGCACAACUUCUUGAAGAUAUGCAGAACGCCUUUCGUAGCCUUGAAGAUUAGAACUGUGAUUUCUUUCCUUCCUUUCCUCAGCAAGCUCCUCUCAUAUGUGUAUAUUUUCCUAAAUUUCUCAUUUCCAAACCCUUUGCUUCUAUAUUGUGCAGCUUUGAGACUAGUGCCUACGUGUGUUAUCAUUUGUUUCCCUGUUUAUCUGGUAGGUCGUAUAUAAAACAAACAUUCCUUUGUUCCAGUGUUUGAAGGGCCUCCAUGAUCCUUUCUCCGAAGUGAUGAAUGUAGUAAAUAUGAUAUAUAAUGGCUACACUACUGUAAACUUGUCUGUAGGGUGACAUCCCUACUUGUCCUCGGUUUGCCCUUUCCUCCUCGCCUUUAAAUUGUAAACAGGACUACUGCAUGUACUCUCUUUGCAAUAGAUUUGGAAUGGAAGGCCAGAUUUCUAUACAUUUUGACAGGUACUUUGUGAAAUGACUCAAUAUCUAUGUGGUAAGGUUAUUUGCAGCUUAGCAUUUUGCUAAGUAACUGCUUUGCAGGAUAUAAUUGCUUUUUUCUAAAAACAUGAAUGAUUAAUGUUCCAAUUAUGCAUUGCUUUCCCCAGUAUAAAUCAGGAAUGUUUAUAGGAAACUGUUGGGAACUCUACUGUUUUUAAAACAGGCAUUUGUGGGACUCAGCACAGUAUAUGAAUCAGUACCCUCUAAAAAAGUGGAAAAGGAGCCAGGUGGUCAAACUUAAACAUCAUCUUGUUAAAGCAUAUUUUAUUUCAGUAUGAAAAAUUCAGUAUCAAGGACUAUACUACUACAUUACUAGGAAAUACUUCUUAAAAUCACAUUUAAAACAAUCACCGGGAACUUGAUCCACAUCACACCCUUUCCUUUUUCUCAAACAACUUAGAAGCCUGAGCUUCUAAGAAUCAUGUGGCAGUGGGAUGGGCAGUAAAAUGCCACAGAGAAGGUAUUCAGUAUGGUUAAAGGCUGUUUGCACCAUUAAGGACCAGCUGGACUGUAGUGAUAAUUGGGGCCAGAGUGGUGUUACGUUUUUACAGGACAAUGAUAUGUGUCAUGUGUUUGCAUGUUUGUUUGCUUAGUGAACGUUUAAACAACCAGUUUACCAGUUUACUGGUUCAAAAGAUUUCUCAGAAUAUCUGUAGCAAUAGCAGCGUAACAGUUUCCAUUC